CUAAGGAAGAUUGUGAUGAGCUCAAAAUGAAAAUAUCUGCACUGGAAUCUCUCAUGUCUGAACAAACUGAGGAGAUGAAAAGACUCAAGACAGACGAUUCAGCCCAAAAGGAACAGUCGGAUUAUGAAAAGUCCAAAUUAGACUUACAGAGAAGAUUAAUAGAGCAUUACAGAGAAGAUAUAUACUACGCAUGUCUGCACUUCCACAACAACAAGAGGGUAAUCUGUAUGACGUUAAUGAUGUGUACGUUAGACCAAGAAUGACGAUUGAAUCAAAAGAAGAAAUAAAUAAGAAACAAGAGGUUGCAGACGUUCUAGCAAUGUCUGAUAUUUUUAAUAAAGACGGUAAACGUAUAAGGUCCAUCUAUGUUCUUGGAGAAGCUGGAUCUGGUAAAAGUAGUUUCUGUAAAAGUUUGGUACAUUACUGGUGUUUGGCACAUUCUGAUGAAGGACAAAGUAUUGAAGAUGAAUUCAGUGGGGUCAAGGAAAUGAAGAAAUUCAAGUUUUUAUUUUACCUUCCACUCCGUCAUUAUACAGAUAAAACGAAGAUCAAAGAAAUGUUGGAGGAAAAGUACGAGCACACUGCUCUUAAGAAGCUUCUUGAAUGCGAGUCUCGAAACUGUCUCGUUGUUCUUGAUGGUCUUGAUGAAUGGUCUCCUCCAGCGUCAAAAUGCCCUCCAGAGCGUGGCUCAUUGAAGGAAUAUACCGUCCUAACUACGUCACGACCAUGGAAAAUUGCAACUUUAGGAAUUAGCGAUAAUGAGAUACGACAAAAAAUUGUCCUUAAAGGGUUUGAUGAUAAAACGUCUUUAAAGGGCUUGAUUGAAAAGACGGUUCCGAUAUUAAACAAAACGUUUGAAAAAGACAGAGUUUCAAGCGAUUGUGAAAAGGCGCUUGAAAACAAAUCAGUGGCAAGUCUAAAAAAUACAGCAAUUAUGCUGCAACAGUUCAUUUGCCUGUGGUUUGACGACAAACUUCGAACUGAUACCUCGAGAUGUGCCCUGUACACUGAAAUGCUGGAGCUGUUCUUUGAUUGGCACAAGAAGAAACACCCCGACGACCACCUAUUCACAGAACUGAUGAAGAAAUCAGAAGACCUAAAACAUGUAGAACUUCCUCGCUAUUUGAUAGAUUCUGAAGUCUGUAAAUCAUAUAUUUAUAUCAUUCAUGAAGUUUCACGGCUAGCUUAUGAAACACUGUUCUACAACACGAAAGAAACAUCUUUGUCAUUUGACAUUUCUACUUUCGAACUACUGAAAAUAUCAAAAGAAGUAAAAUCAUGUUGUUUGAAAUUGGGAAUCUUGUCUGAAGAUAAAUGUCUGAGUUUUUCUGCAAGUAGAAUUAGAAGGUCGAUCAUUACAUUUGUUCACAAGUCACUUCAAGAAUAUUUGGCUGCUGUAUAUAUUGCUAUCCGUUUCGAAGAACAUAUCACGCCGUCCGCAGAUUCGGUAAACACAGAUUUAUCUGGUCAUUGUGGACAACUUAUUAAAGACGUUUUCAGUAAGUGCACAACAUUGGAUGAAAUCUUAGAACAAGAAAAUGUAUUAGUUAUGUUAUGUGGUCUAGAGCCUCAAAUCGCUUUGUCCGUUUCAAAGUAUAUAUACGAUAUUGUUACAACGGACAAACGCGUACUGCAGCACAGACGAACAAUAGAUAAUGAAUCUAGACAUACAUAUCUUAUCUCGACAGUCCAGAAAUGUAUUUUUAACUGUAUAGAAGAAAUGCAAGCAUGCAUACAGUCCAACCUUAAUCUAGGUGACAUAAUCCUUCAAAGUACGUCCGAUUGCGAGCGUUUAUGUAACAUUUUUGAAAGGCAAUUUAUUUCUCCUGACAGUGUCGUUGAGUUCAUUAUUGAUUCCUACAAAACGAACGAGUACCGAAACAGAGUAAUUAAUUAUUUGUCAAAAUUUCAGCGGCUUGAAGCAAUUCAUAUUCGGACAUUCGAUGAGAUUAAUAAUGAAAAUAUCAAGUCUAUCUGUGAUGCAAUUGAAGGUAAUACUUCAUCAUUGAAAGCACUGUCUGUAUAUUGUAGUUUUGAUAGUAAUUUGAAACAUAUUUGUAGAACAAUCGUCCGUCGUCUGCCUGAUAUGAGUCAUCUUGUCGCAUUAAAAAUGGAUACCAGAAUGCCACAUAAAGACGUUAUCUCUCUAUGCACUUUCUUAUCAGGCAGCAGUCAUCUUGAACAGAUAGCGAUCGACAUACGCUGUGAGCCCGGAACAUACAUGUUCCAUCCGCACCGGCAUGAAGUAGAUUUGUUCAAGCAUCAACAAUUACAGUACCUGCAGUUGAAUGAAUAUGUCACUGUGACUCGCGUGAACACUUUAAACCUAGAAAUAUUUGAAUGCUUAUCAUUAGAGAGCACAAACUGUGUGAAAGUAUUUAAUAAUCUUAGUACAGCUAACAAAUUAACAGAACUUCACUUGCAUAAUGAUAGGAAUUGUACAUAUAGAGAUCCUCCAUAUCAUACUGUAACAGACAAAUUGAUCACAUUGUUACCAUUAUUGCACCAGCUCCGUGAACUUACUUUACGACAUUUUACAUUUACUGACAAUAUAAUGAAAUUUCCCUCUGAGAUGAAGAGUAUGGAAGUCAUUGCUCUUAGUGGAGUCAAAAUGAGCUUGAUCAUAUGGCGGCAGUUUGUUGAUAGUCUUCCUCUCAUACCGCUACCUGUAAAGGUGAAAACACGGCGCAUGUAUAUACCAAGAGAUGGAGAAGAAUGUAAUCCUGAUACAACGUUAUCCAUAAGAGGAGGAGAAGGAGAGGAAGCAGCUGCAAGGCAGUAUGUUAGAGAACAGGAGGCGUUGUUCAAUGUGGAAUAUGAAAUGGACGACUCAUUUGAAUUUUCAACAAGACAGUAAUAUUCAUCGGUAUGAAUCAUUGCUGUUAUACUACUGAUGACUUUCUUAUGUUGUACUGAUUGUUGACAUAUGGCAAGUGUGUCAAAGUUGUAAAUCUACAUGUACCAGUUUCUAAUGAAAUAUUUUUUUUAAGAGUAUAGUAAUCAUGAGGUAGUGAAGAUUCAUUUCUUUUUAUGUUUUGCUUUACUAUUUGUUUCUUGUUGUUCAUGCCGGAUUAUUGAAAUAUAAUAGUGAAAUAAAUUUUUCACAGUAAAAUUAUCAAAUCUAUUUUAUACUGUUACCAAACAGGAUACGUUGUUUAAUAAGACAUAUAAAGGUGAAUAUUCA